CAUGUGAAGAAGCCAAGUGGUGGGACAGCGGAGUUUGCUCGCAGUGUCCCAGGCUGUGCGGUGCCAGUUUUUGUUUUGUAACCGUCAUGAUCGUCUGCAUUUUGGCGCUCGGGUUGUUUUCGUCUGCGCUGGGGAGACAUCUGCAGGAUGGAAGCGACUUGUCCCGGGACAGGAGGCUGCGUGGAGAGCCCGGUGAUGCUGAGGAGCGAUAUAGCUUGGAGAGGAGGGAGCUGUCGAGGCGCAGCGCUGGACUGAAUGAGCAGACAUGCACGGCUUUGCGUGGAGUGGAGUCCGCGCUGCAAAACAGCACCAGCACUUAUACGUUCGAAGUGCGCUCAAUGGGCUCACUCUCGCUUGCCUGGGUGGGAGACGGAUCCGGGGUUCUCUUGGUUCUGACAACAUUUCAGGUGCCGUUGUUCUUAAUGCGAUUUGGCCAGUCUAACCUCUACAGGAGUGAAGACUACGGGAAGACGUUCAAAGACGUGACUAAUGUGAUCAACCACACUUUCAUCCAGACAGAGUAUGGCAUCGCCAUCAGUCCGGAUCAUUCAGGAAAGGUGAUCCUGACUGGCGAUGUGUCUGAGUUCGGUGGGUUUCGACUUUUUCGCUCGCGGGACUUUGGUCUGACCUUUGAACCGACGGACCUGCCGUUUGUGCCCCUCAUUCAGAUGCUGUACAACCCCGGGGAUAGCAACACACUUCUGACACUCAGUAUCACGCUGGACCUGUGGCUGUCUGAUAACUUUGGCGCCACCUGGAGGAAAAUACACAGCAGUGUGUGUUUGGUCAGAUGGGGUCCAAGAAACAGCAUCUACAUAACAACCAACACCAAUGGAUCAUGCAAUGACAAAGGGAUGCUAGAUUUAAAGAAAACAAUGGACUAUGGCAAAACGUUUCACACAAUUGCAUCCAGAGUUUACUCCUUUGUCCUUGGAGGGAAAUUUGUCUUUUCGUCCAUCAUGACCGGAAUGGGUACAGAGCGUGUGAUCCAUGUCUCUGUAGACGGCGGGGAUCACUGGAACAUUGCUCAGCUUCCUGCUGUCGACCAUCAGCAGUUUUACUCCAUCCUCGCAGCCAAUCAGGACAUGAUCUUCAUGCACGUGGAUGACCCCGGAGACUCGGGUGUUGGAACCAUCUACGUUUCGGAUGACAGAGGAACUGUCUUCUCCAAGUCACUGGAGCGCCAUCUCUACACAACCACAGGAAGCGACACAGACUUCACCGCCAUUUCUUCCCUGCGGGGCGUCUACAUGACCAGCGUACUCACAGAGGAUGGGAACAUAGAGACAGUGAUCACAUAUGACCAAGGAGCCAAGUGGCAGCCACUGCGCAGACCCCAGAACUCCGACUGCGAUGUUCUGGGGUCCACCAACAGAGCAAGCAGAUGCAAGCUUCACAUACAUGCCUCGUACAGCACAGCCAUGAAGAUGAACGUUCCCUUGCUGCCGCUCUCGCAGUCCAACGCGGUGGGUCUCAUCCUGGCUCACGGCAGUGUUGGAGACUCAGAGUCUGAUCUUGCUCCUGAUGUGUACGUGUCUGAUGACGGGGGCUACUCGUGGCUGCGGGCUCUGAAGGGUCCCCAUCAUUAUGCGAUCCUGGACUCUGGAGGACUGCUGGUUGCUGUGGAGCACACCAACUCACCUAUCAACCAGAUAAAAUUCUCCACAGAUGAAGGCCAAUGCUGGCAUACAUAUAACUUCACCCGCGACCCGCUGCACUUCAGCGGCAUGGACAGCGAGCCUGGCUCUCGCUCCAUGAACGUCAGCCUGUGGGGCUACAGGAACGACUACACCAAAUGGGUGGUGAUCACCAUAGACUUUAGGAAGCUCCUCUCCAGGGACUGCGAUGAAGGGGACUAUGAUGAGUGGGUGGCUCACGCUGCAGACCCCAGUGGCUCGAAUGAUGGCUGCGUGAUGGGCUUCAGGGAGACCUUCUUACGCCUGAGGAAAGAUUCAGUGUGCUGGAAUGGGAGAGACUUCGCCAUCACCAAGAAGCACUUGCCUUGUCCAUGCUCAGCGGCAGAUUAUCAUUGUGACUUUGGUUACUACCGGCCGGAGAACCAGUCGGAGUGUGUGGAGCAGAAGGAGCUGGUGGGCCACGCUCUGGAGUUCUGUUUGAAUGGGACGACUGAGCAGCUGCAGACCAGUGGUUACCGGAAGAUUCCUGGGAACCAAUGUGAAGGAGGUUUUCAGCCGGAGAGAAAGGAGACCGACUUGAGGAGGUCGUGCAUCAGUGACGCUCUUCAUUCCAAAUCUCUGACUGACAGCAGUUCACCUAACGCUGCUGUCAUAGUGAUGGUUGUCAUGGCGAUACUCCUGGUGAGUGUUCUCACAGGUGUCUGGCUGGUGAAGAAGUACGUCUGUGGUGGACGGUUCCUCGUUCACCGAUACUCUGUGAUGAGGGAACACGUGGAAGCAAACAAAAUCGAGGGAGUGGAUGAUGUCGACCCCAACUACACGGAGACAGAAAAGGCACAGUUCAACUAUGAUUCAGAUCAAGAUCUCUUGGAGUAAAAUUUGUCCACAGUUAAGGCUCUCAAGAUGGCUGAGGAUCCCUGUUGCUCCAACGUUCUCAUUUUAACACGUGCUUCUCACUUCUCGCUGCCCCUGGUGGAUGGAUGACCCAGCAGCAACUUGCCCUGAUAUGUUGCAUGAUUGUGUCAGAUUUGGCUUCUUAAAAAAAGGGGGUAAAUAGUCUGGGACAGAAAAAAAAAGCCUUCUGAACAAAUGGGCCUGCCAGGAUGUUUAAGGGAGCAACCAAGCAACAGAAAACAUAAUAGAAUCAGCCUUGUUAUGUCCAGAGAUGUCGCCUGCUGUCAUUUUAGUACUUUGUAAAUGUAAAACCUGCCAGAUACAUUUCUGUGGCAUAUGGAAUAUGUCAUCACCAAAUUUUUAGAAGACUACUCACUUUUCUGGAGUUUCUUAAUAGUUAGAUAUAUUUUUUAAAUGAGCUAUUUCUAUCUUAUCAGAAGCAACUGUGAGCAGUAUUUUGUCAUCUUAUCCUGACUUUUAGCAAUGUGUGGCUUGUUGUUUUUACUAUCUCUGCUAAGAGUAAAAGUCUUUGACUCUAAAUUGAUAAAAACUGAACAGACUUUGUUGGUCUUCUCACAGUGAGUGAUACACUUAACAUACAAACUCUUCAAGUUGCUCCUGUGACAUCUAGCUUCAAAACGGUAAGAAUAUUCUAUAAGUACAGUUUGAUUUUGUUUCCAUCGGCUAAAGGAAUUAUGUUUCAAUUGUAAAAAGUAUUUUAAUUCAAGUUUGGGAAAUGUUUAUACAUUUUUGAUAAAUAUGUACGUAUCAAUAAAUUUCUAAUAAUGACCACUUCUGCAAAAGUAGCUGUAGUAGAUCAAUUUAGAAUAAACAGAUUUGGCCCGUUAAGUGAAAUGUGGGUCCUGUAAAAGUCAUGUUAUUAACCUUUUGGGACUAUGUCUGCAGUAUUUGUCAUUGUUAAAUACGUUCAAGGUAAAGGAUUGGGAAUAUAUUAUUUGUAAAUAGCAAGCUAGAUGCUAACAUUCUUUUUCAUCUAGCUGUUUUGAAAUACCACGCGCUCCACAUUUGUUGGUAUCUUGGCUGAAAAAUAUGUUAAAAGUUUCAAAAUAAAUGUGCAUUGUUGCAAAAGAAAAAUGUUAAUACAGAAAAUGAGUCCAAAUCUAACCUGUUUCAUGUAUUUGUGCUCAAUUUGGGAAAAGAAUUCAGUGUUAAGAAAAUCUUUUUA